AUGAAGUCUUUUCUGGGACCUCAAAUAUCGACCACUGAUUACUUCAGGAAAAGAUUGAACCAAGCUCCCGCGGCCGCAGGACCCAGUCACGAUGGCCCUUCUUCUUUUUUCGGUCUCGACAAGGGCAAAGGCCGCGAUCUGUCUGAAGAACCACCAGAGGAGACCACUUUCCAACCCCGUAUCACUGGCCGAACCAUCGGCUCGUCAGCAGCUAAUUGGCGUCGUACGGAACCAGCUCCCCACCAGACAACUUUCGCCGGCAGUCAGUCCCCAGCGCCAGAAAACAGAGCGAGCGAACAUCAAACCGGUGUCCAGCUCGACCUUGCCAACCUAGUCAACGAGCUCCAUCUCCAACGCCAAUCUGAAGAGGCUAGACGACAAGAUGACCGCGCUCGCAAGGACGCCGAGGAGGCCCGAAUGCAGGCACGCUGGAGUCUUGACGAAGACUCGAAAAUCUCCUCCAUCAUAUCCGCGGCGGUCAAAGAUUUCGCUGCAGAAGAUUUACUCAAGCCCAAUGGGUCCAACAUCAGGCAAUGGGAACAAGCCCUUCGGACUACGGCGGCCAAACGCUUCCGCAAUGCUGAUUUCUUCACCCCGGGAGAAGACAAAGCCGUGAUUCCCUACCAUGAGAAAAUAGCGCUCGGUAUCAUCCAGUCCUUGGUACACAGUGAACUAUCCUUUGACUUACUGGAUUUUGAUAACUCAGCCGACGUUUUCGCCCAUCUGAUCUCAAAAUUUCGAAUCAUCAACCGCGCCAGAAAAUUGCAGGCGUGGGAGAAAUUGAAGAGCAUCUCUCUCUCUGAUUACAACAGCGCCGCAGAAGUACUCGCAGAAUUCGACCAAUGCGCUCGUACGUUCGUCGAGCAGGGCGUCGAUCUCACGUGGGACGCAAUCAGGAGUUUUGUACUUCAAGGCAACCUUUGCGACCAUCUCCGGUUGACUGUUGACCAGAAGGUUGACCUGUUCAUGGAGACCCACGACUCCAUGGCGCCAGGCCCCAUUGACAUUUUGCCUAGCCGGGCCGAGACUGGCGUUUCAGGAGACGUUUCAGGACCCGUCUCAGGAGCUAGUUCCGAAAGUCAAGACGCAGGCGACAUCUCUGCGAUGGCAAUCAACAAGACCCCUCGCUGCUACAUCUGCAAGAAGCUCGGUCACAUGUCGUCAAGUUGUCCAACGAGCAGGAAGAACAACUCUGAUGCUCGUCAGCCGUUGCAACAAGCGCCGGCAAACCCGAGUUUCCCCCCAUGCUCUGCAACCUACAAUUUCGACCGGUUGCCCUACAUCAAACCGAUCCAACCAGAUCACCGACCGACCGGGGCAUCACCAGCGCCAUACCGACCCCCCCACCUGUCUCAGCCCAAGACCGCCAAUCCCACCCACACCACCAAACAAGUCAACACGCGACAAAUCAAUGCCGACCUGUUCGCGGAAGAGGAGGACGAAGUUGAAUACGUCCUUGAAAAUGAGAAUCUGUACGCCCUAUUUGACUUCAAAACUCUAGAGCAGCCUAUUGCCGUCAAAGUGGCAACUGACACCGCAUGCGAUUUCAUCACAGGCACGGGUACUUUGAGAUUCUGCGCAAUGAACGGGGUGACGGUCGCUGUGAAGAAAGUCUAUUACUCUACACUAACCGGCGGGAAAUAUGCGCUUACCAUUCAAGACGUAUUCACCUCUUACAGUGAAGUUAAGGUACUGAAGACGAAGGCAGAGGCAGCUGGGGUCCUGAUGGAUACCAUCCUCCGUUGGGAGACACAAACCAACAUCAGGUUGAAAAUUCUGAGAUCAGACAACGGCGGUGAAUUUGAUUCUAAGAACGGCGCAGCAGAACACUACAACAGAACUGUUUCUGAUAUGGGCCGGAGCGUACUCUACGACAGCGAGUUGGGGCGCGAAUUUUGGGGUUACGCCUUCCUAUGGGCAGCGUGGACCAUCAACAGGAUCCCAAACCGCAUCACCAAGGACAAGACGCCGUACGAAUGUUUCUUUGGUGAGAAGCCACAGUUAGACAGGACUAGAGUUUUUGGCGCACGAGCAUACGUACUAGUUGCCCCUGAGAAGCGAAAGAAACUUGAGGACCGCGCAGUGGAAGGACUAGUCGUUGGACACCUCCCGGAAUCCAAAGGUUGGAAUUUUUGGUUGCCGGCGUCAAAGAAGCUAGUUUCCUCCGAAUGGGCUGAUUUUGGACGCAACACGCUUCCGCCUGCAAAAGCGCAAGAUUUGACUGAAGAACAUCCUCCAGCGUGCGAUCGUGUUCAAUCGACUGAGUCCAAACGUCUAGAACUGAAUGAUUUCACAGAAGAGCUCAAGGUGGCUUCACAGGAAGCUUUAGUGGAUGCGGCUCAGGAAAGCUGUACUGAUGAUUCCGGCAAUGUACCUACAACCUUUCGAGCAGCUAUGAGAUCCAAGGAUUCUGAACACUGGAAGAAAGCGAUUGAUACCGAGCUAGAGAACCUCCGACGUAAGAAUGUGUGGGAAAUACGCAAGUUACCUGCGAAGCACCGCAAACUUGGAGCCCGCUGGGUAUUUGCUAAGAAGAUCAAUAGUGACGGAUCUAUCAAAUACAAAGCGCGGCAGAAUCGUUCCUCUGGGGUCAAGCAGCAACCUCUCCAAUGA